AUGUCGCUCGAAUCAGCUCUAGAGGAGGAGCGCCUCGAGAUCCUUAAGCUCUUGGAACGACCCCAGCAGCGCACGAAUCGCAACUCGCCUCACUCGGGAGUCCAAUCCACUCCAUCCUCCCCGCGGAUGGGAUUCUCAUCGCUUGCACGAACCACCUCUCCCCACCGUCCCGUAACCUCCUUGAUCGAUUCCGUCGCCGACUUCCAGCACCGGGGCGGUACGCCCAUGAGCAGCGGGCGCUCGAGCCCAGUCGACCUCGGGGGUUCAUCGAACGGUUUCUACCGCACCCGCUCGGGUAGCAAUAAUAAUAAUGGCCCACCACGAUUACUGGGACGAUCCAGUGUACCGAAUGCUCACACGCCAAACGAUGCCUAUGAUUUCUCAAUGGCACCUUCGGUGGGUGGCUCCGGAACCAGAAAACGGACCGCGUCGCAACCCUCGAUGCUCGAUGCGGUGUUCCCAGGGCGAUCGAAAUCGCCACUUGCAAAUUCCAUGUUCUCGCAUCAUGGCCGAGCAGCUUCGCCGGGGGCCUCUUCCACGGGCCGUGUCGCGUCUCCGAACCGUCCGAACGAGCCGCACGUCCUUGUUAGUGAGAAGGGGACGGUGAUUGAUCUGGAUACCGCGUACGCGAGAUUGAACGACGAUGCGCUAGCGAAAUCCGGAGGUGCGCUGGCGAAGCUACCGGAGAGGAGACCGGUGACGGACAAGCAGGGCGACGUCGUAAAGGCCGGAACCGGGGAGAGCUUAACUCGGGAUGGUGGCGUGCGGCUACAGAAGGAUCUUGAGUCGGAUGAGAGGGCGAUCGUGGAUUCCACUGACGACGAGUCUUCGGAAGAAGAGGAUAGUGGCGGGUCAUACAGUGAUGAGGAGAAUCGCGGAAGGUCCGGCGAGCGCGUGGCCCGAAAGGCGCCGUCUCUGAUCGAACUGGCUUCGGAACCUAGCAGUCGCGGAAAUAGCACCGACAGGGAAAGCAAUGUUGGCGUCGACCCAGGUGGCGGAAAGAAGAAGAAGAAAGGCAAAAAGGCUGCCCAGAAGGGCACGCCAGCCGGCAAGAAGUCUUUCAGUCUUCUCGCCGCGGCGGAGGAAGAACGCAAAAAGGUUUCAUCGAAAUACCAAGUUCGUUCCCUUCUUCCUCAAAUCUCAGUCACGCCCUCGAAUUACCCAGGAGCCAGUUCUCCUACCACCGCACGUCGAUCCGGAGUGCACCCCAGCACUAAUUUCGAUGUACCGUCACAGACGAGCACUCCUGUGUCCUCGGACCAGGAGGCUGAUGACAUUGACAUCCGCCGAGCCCAGCGCAUGGAAACAACACUCACUCCGCUAUUCUCGUCGCCCGAAACGCACAGGGUUGUUCGCACAAUAGUACGCGGGGACUACGAGGAUAUCCAGAAGGAGCUCGCUGCGAAAGGGAAACGCUCCAGAAAGUACCUUGUUGCUACAGAUCUUUCUUCUGAAGCACAGUAUGCUAUGGAGUGGACUGUCGGUACGGUUCUACGAGAUGGUGAUACGCUACUCGCGAUAUGUGCGGUGGAUCACGAUGCCAUAGAAGAUGGGUCCAAGACAGUGUCGGAGAGCUCGAUCGGUGAGGCGCUGUUGGAAGUUAGUAACCAAGCCCAGGCGGCAGCGGUCGGUACUUUAACACCGCCUGUCGGACAAAUCCAUUCACCCGGAACUAGCAGUCCACUAAAGGACCCGGGCGUCGGGGGCGUCGGGGGUGUCGGGGAGCGGACAAAAGCGGAGAGGGAGAGAUUCGUCGCCGCCGAAGCUAUCACGUCAUUGGUCACCAAGCUGCUUAGGAAGACCAGACUGCAGGUGAAGGUUGUUGUCGAGGUUAUUCAUUGCAAGAGCCCGAAACAUCUUUUGACUGAGAUCAUUGACCUGGUUGCGCCAACCCUGGUUAUACUAGGAUCGAGAGGCAGAAGUGCUCUGAAGGGUGUUCUCUUGGGCAGUUUCUCCAAUUACCUUGUGGCUAAGAGCUCCGUUCCGGUGAUGGUUGCUCGCAAGAAGUUGAAGCACACCAAGAAGUACUCGCAGACCAACAUCAGGCUGUCAAACAACCUUACCAGUAAUACGGCCAGGAUUCUUGCGAAUGCGAAGGUGGAUUAGGAACCCCCCAAUAAGCAGGAUGCCAAGAAUAAGAAGACAUCGAUUUGGGGGAGGAGGAAGGUUAGAUAUGCGGUUUAAUGCGCCGAUUCGCUCGGGUGUUUCCGAUGGUUGGCUGUUUGGUUGAGAUGGGAUGUGGUCUGCGUCAGAGAUCACGGUUAAUAGGGGGGGCUUCUGUUUCUGCUGCUAUUACUAUUGUGGGAGCUCGUGUGAGAUCUAUUCAUUAGGACCCUGCUUCCGCACCUUGUUUUCACGUCGUUCGAUCCAGGUUUCGCUCUACUUUCUUCUUUCCAGUGUGUCUCGGAAGAAGGUGUUACUUUCGAGUUUUCCGGGCUGCUAUUGGACUGGGCGCCGGACAUGGAAUACAUGCUGCUUUCCGAUAAUCAGGAUUGGACAUUCGAAUGAGAUCCUUGCUGUAGCCAUGUGGUGUAUCUGUAACUAGUCAAUUUGGGAA